GGACCCGGAGAUCGGUGGAGAGCGGAGAGCUUGGUCUGCACUGCCUACGCUGUUGGCAGCGAGGCUGUCUCCGGAAGGCGGACCGGCGCUAGCCCAGUACCGGCUCUCGGCUGCCCGCUGCUCUCCUCUACGUCCCUGCCAAUCUCAUUCAGGACUCAGUGACUGGUUUUGUUUUGUUUUGUUUUGUUUUUUUUCUUAAUCACAAGGGCGUGGGUCAGCCUCCCCUAGGACUUCAUGUCUGUAUAUUUCCCCAUUCACUGCUCUGACUAUCUGAGAUCGGCUGAGAUGACCGAGGUGAUGAUGAACGCUCCAUCCAUGGAAGAGAUUGGUCUCAGCCCCCGCAAGGAUGGCCUUUCCUAUCAGAUCUUUCCGGACCCAUCAGACUUUGACCGUUGCUGCAAGCUGAAGGACCGCCUGCCCUCCAUAGUGGUGGAACCCACCGAAGGGGAGGUGGAAAGUGGGGAGCUCCGGUGGCCUCCUGAGGAAUUCCUGGUCCAGGAGGAUGAGCAAGACAACUGUGAAGAGACAACAAAUGAAAAGAAGGACCAGUAGAGUCCAUGCAGGCUCGCCUUGGGUCAUGCCAGCCAGCACACCUGAACUGUUUUUCCCAUGGUGAUAGAAGAAGAGAAUGAGCCACAGUCAUUGUGAAAAUGUCAAACGAGGCUUCCGUUUUGCACCUGAAAAUCACCGAGUCGGUUUUCUUUUCUUCUUCUUUUUUUUCUUUUGGUUUGUUUUGUUUUUAAAUUCGUUGAGCAAUGGAGCCCUCUGACAACUUGCAAGGCUGAGAAAGGAAGUUGCUGAGAACAGGGGUGGAAGGGGGUGGGGGGAAGGGGUGCUGCUUCAAAGAUCCCUAUCUGAACUCUAGUGCCAGAGGCAGUGCGUGCACAUGUGUGUGUGGGGGGGGGGCAGUUCUGGCUGAGGGGGGUGAGCAAAUGAGCAAGAAAGAUUUUGUAUUAGAAGAAGAACAACAACAACAAAACAAAACAAGCUCUAUACUUUUAAAGAGAACUACAGCCAGGAAAUGCUGCUCUUUCCAGCAUUUGUCCUGGCUACUGGGGCAUCUGACAACCAAGUCCUUCUCUCCUGCUCUGUUGCUCACAGCCACCAGCCUUUGCUUUCAUUUCAAGUGUGUUUGGCCACCCACAGAGAAGUAGGGCCAGGUAAACUGCCUAGGAAGCCAGAUGGAGAGAUACACAGGAAAGGAAGACUCCACCGCCCUUCCCCAGAUGCUUCAGGCUGUCAGAGCCCCCAGGGACCUGGAAGGCUUUAAGACAUAGUACUUUUGAGUUUUUCUCCCUACUUACCCCCUUCUGCCUCCCAGUAUAUAAGGGGAACAGCCAGAGCACUUCCUGCCCUUGUGAGGUACUGCAAGGCUGCAGCCUGAAUAGGGAGUGCCUCCUCCCAUGGUGGAUCUCCCAAGAAUUCUUAUGUAAUCUCCAUGGAGCAGGAGGGUAGAAGAGUGGGCUCUCUCAGGCCUGCCCUUCCUUUCUCCUUUGGCCACAGCAGUCAGGUGGACGGUCCCCAGCUAUGCUGUGGCCCAUCAUUGUCCAUCUGACCUGCAGCAGGGACACUCCGAUGGGUUUCCCAGCCUGGCUUCCAUGGGCACUAAAAGCAGAGUGAGCUUCCUGAUUGGGAAGCUGGCUAGCGGGCUUCCAUGCAGGGGCCUGGGUGGUGCCGCAUUGAUUUCCAUGUGGGAAUCAGCCCUCCAGUGGAGCAGCUGUGGGAUCCAGUUUGAGACAGUAGCUGUUGUGAGAUCAUGGCUUCUCUUCGUGUUGCUCCUGAGCACAGGUUGGGAGAAGAUACAGGGUGUGCUGGAGUAUCCUUGUAGAAUAGCAGCCUUUAUUCCUUCCCCACCUUACCUGUCUCUGGAAAGAGCAGCAGUUGCAUGGGGAAAUUAACAUCUGGACUUAGCCUCUGAUCAUAGCCCAGAACCUUCUGGAAUAGUGGGUUAGAGGACAGAAUUUUUAGAGCAGGGCUGUUUGGUCAAGAGGUGGACUUAAAGCCUUCCUUAGGCUUCACUUAGCCAACCAAGGCACUCACAAAUGUCCCCUCACGUCUCUGUCAGUCCAGGUUGAUCCCCCGUCUUUGGACUCGUGUGUCUGGUUCUAUUUAAUACCUCAAAGUCAGUGUGGCUCUGGGCCACGUUGGGGCAAGAGCGUGGGGGGUGUGCUGUUGACACGGCAUUCAGCAAGGUUUGGUUCUGGGAUGCCGAUGGUCACCCCCUCCCCUGUCUCUUCCCUCUGUCGUCUGCCUGUGAUACACACCGAUGGCAAUAACUUUUUUCCGGCUCCUUGCAGAAGUGGGAGAGGGCUGCGGCCAACCCCGCAACCUGAGAGCUUCUCGCUCUCUUGCUUCCACUCUGCUCUGUUUUGGCUACAGAGAUCUGUUCAUCCCACUCCCGUUCCCCCGCAGCAUUUCUCAUCCCUCGCCUCCCUUUAUGGACAGGUGUCUGGCCUUUUAAAUUCCCGUGUUGUGGUGUCUUCUCAUCCCUACCCCAGUUAUCUGUCUUGGUCUUGCCGUGUGAUGGGAUGUGCUUGUAAAUCCAGUAUCAAAUUAGCUUUGUGUAUAUGUGUGUCUCUGGGGUGGCUUCUUCCUUUUGCUGGUCACUAGACCCUGUUGUACAACCGUGUGCUGUCUGAGCAGGUCAGGGGCUGACCGCUACAGGCCCCUCAGCAGUUGAGCCUGUUGGGGGGACCCAGCUGCUCUUGGACAAGUGGCUGAGCUCCUGUCUGGCCUCCUCUUUUCCUCCUCCUCCUCCUCCCUCCUCCUCCUCUUCUUCCUUCUCUUCUUCCUUGUCUUCCUCCUCCUCUUUCUUUGAGUAAUUUGUGUGUAUUUCUAACUGAUCGUAUUGAAAAGAAAAUCCUAGUAUUUCAGUGACAUGCCUGUUGCGAGAUGAACCUCCUGUGACUUCUGUCUGUUCUGUAUUGAGGCUCAGGGAGAAACUAGCAUUUUUUUUUCCAAACUACUUUUUGUCACUGUGACAGUUGUAAAUAAAGUUUGAAAAUGCUUUC